AUGACAUCACUUCCUGUGUGCAGGUACUACGGCCUGUCGGUGUGGUUUCCUGAUGUGAUUAAGCACCUGCAGGCGGAUGAAUAUGCGUCACGCGUGAAGAUACACACCAGCGAGAGGAUCGAGGACUUCACCUUCAACUUCACCCUGGAGAACCAGAUCCACCGCAACGGAGUGUUCAUCAACGACAGGUUCAUCGGGAUGAAGUUUAAGUCUGUGACGUUCAUCGACUCCACCUUUCAGAGCUGUUAUUUUGAGGACGUGAGCUCCGUCGGCUCCUACUUCAAAAAUUGCACCAUCAUUGAAGCCUUCUUUUAUAACACAGAUAUCGAUGACUCUAAGCUCGUGGGCUCCACGGUGAUCAACUCUUCAUUUGCACACAAUAAGACGGGCUGUCAGAUGACGUUCGAUGACGACUACAGUGCCUACUGGGUUUACUUCAUCAACUUCCUGGGAACUCUAGCCGUGUUGCCGGGCAACAUAGUCUCCGCCCUCCUCAUGGAUAAAGUGGGCCGGCUCAGCAUGUUAGGUGGCUCGAUGGUGUUGUCGGGCAUCAGUUGCUUCUUUCUGUGGUUCGGCACCAGUGAAUCUAUGAUGAUCGCCAUGCUCUGUCUUUAUAAUGGACUCAGUAUUUCUGCCUGGAACUCUCUGGAUGUGGUGACGGCUGAACUCUAUCCCACCAACAGGAGAGGCACUGGCUUUGGCUUUUGUAACGCCAUGUGUAAACUGGCUGCGGUUCUGGGCAAUCUGAUCUUCGGCUCUCUGGUGGGAAUCUCCAAGUCCAUCCCGAUCCUGCUGGCAUCCUCAGUGCUAGUGGCCGGAGGUCUGGUGGGUCUGCGGCUUCCCGACACCCGCAACAACGUCCUAAUGUGACCCCCCUCAGAGCUGACUUCAGACCUCUGACCCCUGAGCCACGGAGCAUCAGGACAGGCCACAGCGGAGACACCUGAUCAUUGCUGAUUUCAUUGACACUCACGCCGCAAAACCUGAAUACGGAAAAGUUGGGAUGUUUUGUAAAAUGCAAUGAAAUCAAGAAUAUGUGAUCUGUUCAAUUAUUUGGUGCGUUAAAGCAGUUAAUGGUAGAAAAACACACAAUUUUUGAACAUAUCGUACAUUAUGGACCCUUUUCACAAAACACGUUUAACGCUCAUCAGCAGCACCAUAAAUACUUGAAAAUUGUUCUUAUUUAGAUUUUUUUUCUUAAGCGUAUGUAUUCAUUCAUUAAGUGU